CUUCUAGUCACUCAUUCUGCGAGCAACUCGCGUGCGUACCCGAGUAGCUGUAAGGACCAAUUCGAAUAUUGCUAUCAGAAUACAGUAGUUGGAAAACAUAUUUCUUCAGAACACAGAAAUCGUUUAGCAAGCCUGUCCAUCUAUUCUUCAAGGAGAAUAUCUUUGUGAGAUAUUGCAAUGCUUCAAACAAGGUAUCUCAUCUGGGCAUUGCUCUUCUUUGGCUAUGCAGCCUCACUGCAGGUGGAGAUCACCCCGAUGCAAGGCGAGAUCAGUAUGGGGGAGUCAAAAUUCUUCCUCUGCGAAGUUGUCGGAGAUGUAAAGGACAUUGAUUGGUAUGCCCCGAACGGCGAGAAGCUCCUACCGAACAGACAGGACAUCCUCGUGAACCGCAACGACGAGUCCUCGUCCACUCUCACUAUCUAUAACGCCAACGUGGACAAUGCCGGCAUCUACAAGUGUGUGGCCAAAAAUGGAGACAAGGAGUCUCAGGGCACCGUCAACGUGAAAAUCUUCCAAAAGAUAACCUUCAAGAACGCCCCUUCCCCACAGGAGUUCAAUGAAGGGGAUGACGCUGACAUCAUCUGUGACGUCGUCAGCUCGCCUCCCGCUGACAUCAUCUGGAAGCACAAAGGCUCAAAGAUCCAGGUUGCAAAAGACGUUCGUUUUAAGAUCCUGACCAACAACCACCUCCAAAUCCGAGGCAUCAAGAAAACAGAUGAAGGGGCGUACACCUGUGAGGCUCGUGUUAUGACCAGGGGAGAGAUUGACCUGAAGAUCAUUAAGGUCAUCAUCAACGUGCUCCCUAGCAUCCGCACCAGGCAGUCGGAGGUGAAUGCCACGGCGGACAUCAACCAGUCUGUGAUGCUGGCCUGUGACGCUGACGGCUUCCCUGAACCCACAGUCACCUGGGCCCGUAAAAGCAUUGUCCUUGAAUCGGACGAUAAGUACGGCCUGAACGACGACGGCUCGGAGCUGAUAAUAAAGGAUGUCAAGAAAGUGGAUGAAGGAGAUUACACAUGCAUCGCCCGGAACAAGGCUGGGGAGAAAGAGGAGGAAGUCAGCUUGAAUGUGUUUAUGCAACCUAAGAUCACCUACCUGGUCAACCAGACUGCAUCAGAGCUGGAGGAGCAGAUCACCCUGACCUGCGAGGCCUCCGGAGACCCCACCCCAACCAUCACCUGGAGCUUUGGCAGCAGGGUCUUCACAGAGAGAGAGCAGGCUUCUUGGACUCGCCCCGAGACGUACGAGAGUCUUGAUGGGAAUGUUGUUGUGCGUAGUCACGCACGGGUGUCCUCUCUCACCUUGAAGUAUGUCCAGUACACCGAUGGCGGCCACUACCUCUGCACCGCCCGCAACUCCAUCGGUCAGGACCAGCAGACCAUGUACCUGGAAGUGCGCUAUGCUCCCAAGAUCCAGGGCUCGGUGGCGGUCUACACCUGGGAAGGGAACGCAGCCAACAUCAGCUGUGAGGUGCUGGCUCAUCCGGGAGCCUCAGUGGUGUGGUUCAGAGAUGGCCAGCAGCAGCCUAGCACUAACACCACCAACGUCAAGAUCUACAACACACCAGCCGUCAGCUACCUCGAGGUCACCCCAGAUUCCCAGAAUGACUUUGGAAGCUACAACUGCACAGCCACCAACAUGAUCGGAACAGAGUCCAAGGAGUUCCUCCUGAUCCAAGCAGAUGUGCCGUCGGCACCCGCCAUCGAGCGAGUGGAGCCCUUCUCCAGCACCGCCGUUGUGGAGUUUGAGGAGCCCGAUGCCAGCGGCGGCGUUGCUAUCCUCAAGUACCGGGCCGAGUGGCGCAUGCAGGGUGAAGACUGGGCCGGCAGAGAGUACGACGCAGAGGAUGGCCUGAGCAUGAUCACCAUCGUUGGCCUGAAGCCCGAGACCAUCUACGAGGUCAAGAUGUCCGCCAUCAACGGCAAGGGCGAGGGCGAGAGCAGCCCUCCCCUGAACUUCAAGACUGAGCCAGUCCGCUAUACUUUCACAAUUUCGUCAGUGACACCAACCUUCAUUCCUUCAACAAGUGCAGCCCUUAAAGGGGAGCCCAGUCCCCCUAAACUGGAGGGAAAGCUGCAGACCACGGGCAACACCCUCAAGGUCAACUGGAUCAAGCAGGACGAUGGGGGCUCGCCCAUCAAACACUACCUGAUCAGAUACAGGGCUAAGCACGUUCCGGACUGGAAGCCGGAGAUCCGCCUGCCCCACGGCAGUGAGUACGUGGUGCUGAGCAGCCUAGACUGGAACACAGAGUAUGAAGUCUACGUGGUGGCUGAGAACCAGCAGGGCAAGUCCCAGCCCGGCACCCUCUCCUUCAGAACCGCAGCAGAGCCCACCGCCAUCCCAGACACUAUGGAUAGUGGCUCAGGCCUGGGCACAGGGGCCAUCGUGGGGAUCCUCAUUGUGGUCUUUGUGCUGCUGCUGGUGGGCAUCGACGUCACCUGCUACUUCCUCAACAAGUGUGGCCUCGUCAUGUGCAUUGCCGUCAACUUCUGCGGCAAGUCCGGACCCGGAGCCAAGAGCAAGGACCUCGAGGAGGGCAAGGCGGCGUUCACGAAGGAUGAGUCAAAGGGGCCCAUCGUGGAGGUGAGGACAGAGGAGGAGCGCACUCCUAACCAUGAAGGGGGGGGACCCACAGAGCCUAAUGAGACCACCCCUCUGACCGAGCCUGAGCCCGCUGGUGACACUACCGCCACAGUGGUGGACUUGCUCCCCUCUGUCGCCACUAACUCUGACCCCAUCACUGAGAGCUUUAGCACAUGCCAGAACAGCCCAGCUAGCGAGAGCACCACUCUCACUUCCAGCACAGCUGGCCCAACCCCUGUCUCGGCUGAGUCCAAAACGAACCACAAAACCUCCCCUAAAAGCACUCCCGCCCCGAUCCCCCAGUCCAGCACGCCCAAAGCUAGCACCCCCACCCCCCAGCCUGCCACCCAAUCCAACGUGGCACCCCUCGUCGACCUAAGCGAGGCUCCUAAAGCCACGCCCUUAUCCAACCCCAAGCCCCCCACCCCCUCAGCCCCUUCCUCAGAGCCAGCCAAGGUCCCCUCCAACCCCCCCUCUGCCAAAGCCGAUGCCGCGCCACAGAGCCAGCACGAGUCUGUCCAAAGCCCCUCCGCCAGCGACAGUCAGAAUAAGGACUUACAGAUAGACGGCCUGGCCAAGGAUGUGUUUGAUGCCCCGGGCAAAGGCUCCGAGGCCCCGGCAGACUCCACUGCUGCACCUGCACCGGCCCAGGACGACGGUAAGAUCGUGACAGACGAUAAAAGUAAAGUGCCGGAGACGGUGACAGAGGUGAAGAAAACCCUGUCCGAGGUUAAGACAGUCCCUAAUGAAGCUGCAAAGACAAACGGCAACGAGAGCAAAGCAUGAUCCCGACAGCGAAAAGGGAGGGGGUAGGGUGCACUACAGUCACAGACCUCCAGAGGCAAAUGUCACACACCACUCCAUCAAACAACAAAAAGAUAAAAAAAGGUUAUCUUUCUUCAGUGUCUUCUAUGAGUUCUCCGAACAAAAGAUGAGUUUGUUAGACAUGUAGAGUGGGAAGAAGACCUAAUGCACAUGCCUUAGUGUUUCUUUCUUUAUCUGUUAUUCCUUUUGUAAUUUUCUCUGUGUUCACGUGAAGGAAAAUCCUUACCUCUAGUUACCUCUCCUUGACCUCCUUUUGUAUGUAACAUCAACGUUACCAGUCUUUUAAAUGGGACAGAAGCUAAGUAUCAUCUGCAUAGAUAACCAUGGGGAGUUGUAGCUUUACUUCAGAACAAUGCCUUUACGAUGUGCACACACAUAAAUCCAAAACCUUACUCACACACUAUUUCCAGUUAUGUUCUCUUUGUUAUGCAGUAUCGCCAUCAUUAUUUCCACUGCUAAUGGAUUUUUGGGUACGUUUUUUAUUUUUUGUUGUGUUUAAAUAAUGUGCAGAAGUAACUGCCUUUUAUUGUAUCUUUAUUUUUCAUGCAUAAUUCAUGCAUAAGAACUAGAGAUGGAGCAUUAGCAUGCCUACUUUGUGA